AUGAAGUUGGCCCAGCUCGUCACCCUCUUCGGAGGUGCUGCACUUGCAUUCCAGUCUCUUGUAGCUCCUCAUGGCCAGCGUGCCCUGAACGACACACACUCUACUGUUGUCAUGGUCACGUCCACGCACCUGGUCUACGAGAUCUGCACCGAUGUUGCGAGAUGUCCUCCUUAUACCACCGAGGUCCAGACUUCAGCCAUCCACGUCACCGACACGACCACGGUCUGCCUUCUUUCUUCGACGCCUUCUGGGUACGGACCUCCGAUUUCUGCUACUACAACUCUGCCAACUACCAGCUCGAUCUAUCCCACUGAGCCAGGGAUCUUGCGUGUUGACUACAGAGGCCACUUCUUCAAGUGUUUACGUGUUACCGUCCUUCCUUCCCCGACUUGGCCAUCCUCGAGCGGUUAUAUGAUACCAUCUGGCUCUCUCAGCCCUUGGUCGCCAACAUACCCCAGCUCCACUGUACUAGAGAGCACGAAUGUGAUUACCAGCUAUCAUGUGUAUCUGUCCACAUCCUAUAUUACUGCAUCGACUUCUUCUGGUGGUCUCGGCAACUACACCAAGACCAGCGCUCAGACAGCGCCUACAUAUGUUCCAUCGGGCGUCUCCUUUGGUCCUUCUGGAUCUGGGUACCCAUACCCCUACGCCAGCGCAAAUGGAUCGGUUGUUGGCCCUUCGCCCAGCUACAUGGAGGUUCCGUUCAACACAGGACAUCGCAUUGGCGCAGGGAGAUGUCUCAUAGAUGAUGAGGAAGAGCAUCCCGGCUCUGUAUACAUAGUGAAGAGGUGCUCUUAG